UGCGAGCUGCGACCGGACUCGCAGCCCAGAGCCUGCAUUCCUCUCCCCAUCAAAGAUUGCUUUAAAGAAGAAAAAUCAUAAAUAAUAGCACACAUACGGACUGGACUAGACCAAAAAAGAGUCUCGUGGAUUUCAUAUUUAGACUCAAAGUCCAGAGAAAGAUAUGGAGAAGAGGAGCGGCGAAGCCCAUUGGCAUUUAGACUUUAAUUUGUAUAAACAGAAAGCGAGUGAAAGGAUUUGAAAAAUAAACAAGCGCUGCUUUUUAUUCCUUUUAAAGAGGAAAACAAGAUGGCUGAUGACAGCAAGCGAUAACAAGGGCAAAACGGCAUCGUCCCCUUUAAGAGGUCGCGAUGAAAUAUCUUUUUUAUACGAGUUAGCUAGCUAGCUAAACAAAAUUGGGUACUUGACAUUACGUGGCGAUUGUUUGUAGCUUGCUGCAGAAAUGUUGACCGGUCGAAAGAUAAACAUUGGAAGGACAGGGGAAAGGCAGAAAUGGUAAAUCAGUGUAUCUCGGAGGAUUCUUUUACGUUGUUUAAUGAAGACGGAUAGUUAGCUAUCUCGCUAUAUAGUGGUUGCUGGUUAGGUAAGUGAGAUUUGAACGCAUUUCUUUAGCAGAGCUGAAACUGGGACCGAUCUAAAAGAAUGAACAGCGUUUGAUUCUUAGCUAACGUUAGCCAAGUGGUUAACAGGGUUUCUUGACUACAACAUUCAUUAACUCUGCAGGUAGCUAGAUACUAGUGUAUUUGUCGUUUGUUGUAUUUGCGCGAUGGACUUCCUUUUAUAAAGCAGGGGAAAGAGCUAGCUACACAGCUAGCUAGGUAGCCCGACUUGCAUUCAAGUAAUACUGUAUAAUGGACUAUCUACUUUCGGUCAAUGUGUUGUAAAUAUUUUACAUUUGUUUUAUAAUAAAUUAUUUUAAACCGAAUACGCAGAUGCCUUGUGCAUAGUUCGAUUUUUGUAUAUGACCGGAUAUUUUAAUAUAUGUAGCUAGAAAAAAACGUAUUGUCAAUUGACUUUUGGCACAGAGCUGUUGGUCGCUACGUGAUACAAAAUGAAUCUAAGGGGUCAUUUGUUUUGAAGACGUAAACAUAAGAAAUUACUUUUUAAAACAAAUCGGACUUAUUUGUUUAAUCUGAAUUACUGUGGUUAGACUAUCCACAAAAGGUAGCGAGCUGCCUGGGUGUCAUUGAACGCAUCAAGUGAUGAGUAAUUAUACAGUGUGUAGGAUUUCGUCGAAACGUAAUUGUAAAUACGAAGUACAGGGUUUUACUCAUGCGUAAUUUCGCACUGAGCCAGGAAAACUGGGACUUGUUUCACCAACAUUCCCCUCCGUACGGGAGAAAAGUUGAAACUGUAGCAUCGGAAUUUAUUCUGGAUUAUUCUGAAUUUCGUCAUGAUUCAACCUAGUCAUAACGACGUGACAUGCGAUUACCAUUCGGAUUUCAACAGAUUUUAACUGAGUUUUUGUGGCGAGGAAGAAUAACAGGACCUGUGUUAUUCGUUUGCACAGAAGUGGUUUAUAAUUAGUUCUCUUGCUUACAUAAAACUUUGUCGCAGCUGGGACUUGUUCGAAAAUAUUUUAUACGCCUUGCACGAUCUGAGUGUUGUAAGAAGUCUAGUCAUAGUGGACGCCAUACACUUUGUCAUCAUAUAACCACUGAAUUGAAAUUAACUACGCAAAUAUCGAAACCGAUGGAUGUUUUUCUGUGUUUCGGAGUUUGAUUCUUUUCAACUCAUUUCGAUCACAUCUUCAGCGGAUUGUCAAAGGGAAAGUACAUUGUUGACAUUUUUCGGUAGCAAUGGAAUUUAAUUCUUGAUUUAGUUUCUUUAGGCCACAGAAAGAUGCUAAUUUUGCGCAUACGGAAGAUCUGAGCCCAUCUAUGACAUUGUAAUUGCCUUCUGUGGGUAUACUUUUUAUAUCACGUCUUCUGUUCUAAUAAGGAAUAUUGUUAAUUGAUGCAAAAACAGCCACAUUUUGCUACAUUGAAAUGGCGGAAAACUGGAAAAACUGCUUCGAAGAGGAGCUUAUUUGUCCUAUUUGUUUGCACGUUUUUGUGGAACCCAUACAGCUGCCUUGCAAACACAAUUUCUGCCGAGGAUGCAUCAGCGAAGCGUGGUCGAAAGAUACUGGCAUGGUGCGGUGCCCAGAGUGCAACCACGCCUACAACCAGAAACCAACAUUGGAAAAGAAUCUCAAGUUGACAAACAUAGUGGAAAAGUUCAAUGCGUUGAACGUUCAUAAAACUCCCGCAAUAUUACAGUGCAUUCUCUGUCGGCGCGGCCCGCCGCUUCCGGCGCUGAAAGUUUGUCUCCGCUGCAAUGCACCUUGUUGCCAGUCCCAUAUUCAGACCCACCUACAGCAACCUUCCCCAAAUCCCGGACAUUUAUUAGUGGACGCCGAGGAUGUACGGGCCUGGAGUUGCCCCCAGCACGAAGAAUACCGACUGUAUCAUUGUGAAGCUGAACAGGUGGCAGUUUGCCAUUACUGUUGCUUUUCCAGAUGUGCAUCCAAUCACGGCCACGCAGUUUGCGACGUGGAGGUCCGUCGCAACGACAUCAGGCAAAUGAUGAUGAAGCAACAGAACCGGAUAGAGGAGCGAGUGCAGGACAUCGAGGGGCAGCUGUACAAGUUGGAGUCCGACAAGCAGCUGGUGGAGGACAAGGUCCAGCGGCUGAAGGAGGAGGUGCGGGCACAGUACCAGAAGAUGCACCAGCUCCUGGAGGAGGACCUGGGCCGGACGCUGGAGGUGCUGGACAAGGCCCGCUCCAAGUUCUGCCAGGACAACUCCGCCCAGGCCCUGCAGCUCAACGAGAAGCGCCAGGAGGCCCAGAAGCUGCUGAGCUCCGUCCAAGUCAUGUUCGACAAAGCCGAGGACAUCAACUUCAUGAAGAACACAAAAUCAGUGAAAAUAUUAAUGGACAGAUCUCAGUCAUUCACUGGCAGUGGACUACCUCCUCACAAAGUGGGACACCUCAGUUCUAAGCUCUUCCUGUCUGAGAUCUCAAAGAAAGAAAAGAACUUGGCCAAAAUGCUGGAAGUGCCCUUCUCUGCUCCAGCACAGUUCCUCCAGAGCAUUCCAGUGUACCCCUGCAGGCCGAGCAGCGCCGGGGCAGAGAAGCGCAAGCACUCAGCUGCCUUCCCCGACAGCAGCGGUGGCUUCCUGGACCCACCAGGCCCCGCGGGCAAGCAGAAGCACCCGGGCCAGGCUUCCACCUCCAAGGAGGGCCAGCCGCCCCCAGCUGGCGCCCCCUGCAGCUCGGCACAGCACACGGCAGGUGCCGCGCCGGCCGUCCACCACUCCGGCUCCGUCUUCCCCUCCCCACGCUUCCCGCCACCGACCAGUUCCUCCCAGCAGGCCGUGCUACCGCAGUAUGGCGGCCGCAAGAUCCUCAUGUGCACAGUGGACAACUGCUACUGCUCUGGGGUGUCGUCAGUGGCCAGCCACCGGGGCCACCCCCCGUACCCACGCUCUGGCUCCUUCUCCUGGACCGUCAGCUCGCAGGAGUACUCGCACCCGCUCCCCUCUGCACCCCCCAUCCCGCAGUCCCUGCAGGGCCUCUCUGUGCGGGACUGGAUGGACGCGUCCCAGACACACAGGCACCCUGACUUCUACGGGCUCUACGGCCAGUCCUCCGCCAAGCACUACGUUACCAGUUAACCCCUCCGCCAGCCACGAACCCGAGAGGGUCCGGGAAGCUGUGUCGUCCUGUUAAGGGGGGGGUGAAAUGUGAAAGGGGGGCGCACACAGGGUUUGGGGAUUGUCUUCAACCGUCCUCCGACCCCCUCGCACCCUGUCUCCUUUCCUUAAUUCAAAACUCAUGUGCCCCCCAACCGCUAGCCGCCCACCACACGCACAUUUCACAUCAUUUUAAUCCCUGCCUGAGUUCAAGGUCCAGAAAAAGGGGACUUUUUCUCCAUCUGAAGAGACUAAUCUUGGCUGUGACGUGCUUUAAAAAUGAUAAACAGAUUUUGGAAAUUUUCAGAAGCUGGUGACCUACUGCGCAUUAAGUUAGCUGGGAAAUGAGGCUUAUUUUAGCCUCCCUCCCCUCCCAAGCUCUACUUUAUCUCAUGGGGUGUUGAAAGAAGACUUCCUGCCUCCCUUAGCCGUGUUAAACAUUCUGGCUCAAACUGUUUCUGUGAAAGUGGGGGUUUUUAUUUUCAGAUAAGUUUACAAUGCCAUUGCCUUUGUCUGUCUCAGCAGAUUUUUGUGGGGUAAGUGUCCUCUUGUUGGUGGGAGGUCCCAUGCAGUUGGUGGGUGGGGCUUUCCAGGCUUCGACCACAGUUACCCAAUACAGCCGUGCCUAGCGGAGAGGAAAUUUGAUUGGCCUUGAUGUGUUCUGCUCCGAAAAGGCCAGGGAGCCCAAGGGGAAUCACCAUGGGUCUUUUCUGAUAAGGCUCUUUCUUUUUUUCACUGAUUUCAAAAAGGAAAAAGGAGUUUUCGUCCUGUUCUCUGAAAAUGAACCUUGACAAGGAAUCCCGGUGCAAUUCGAGGUUCACCACGCCUCUGCAACACAAAGGACUGGAAUGUGGCAGAAGCGGUCAGUGUCGAAUGCAGCGGCAUCCUUAAAGGACAGAGCAAGAAGCUGCUGCAGCACUUGCAGCGGGAGGCCAUUAUUCUGUUUCUGCGGGCAACACCUCUCACAGCAAGCACACAAGCUCUCCAUUUCCUGUUUGUAGCUGUAAACACAUGGUAAGGUACUGACACACACACACACACACACACACACACAAACACACACGUUCUGCAGCUGUAAGCAGUUGGAAGUGGUGUGUGUGUAUGUAUGUGUGUGAGUGUGUGAUGUGUGUGUGAGAGAGAGUGUGUG